AUGACUUCCGUUGCAAAAACAGAAAAUCCCUUUCAAUAUCCUAAAGAAAAAAUUUCCUAUGAUACGACUUUAUCACAAAUUCAACAAUCAUUAAUAAAAGAACAACAAAAGAAAGAAUCGGCUCUAGUAUCGAAGAGAGAUGUUAAAGCUAACGAAAUAAGUAUUGAUCCUCUAGAUGUUGGAACUCCUGAUGAUUGGAUUCCAAGGCAUCCAGAACUAAUACGAUUAACAGGAAAACAUCCUUUUAAUAGCGAACCACCCUUACCGUUAUUAAUGGAGAAAGGAUUCAUAACUCCUACUCCUUUGCAUUACGUGAGAAAUCAUGGUUCGGUUCCAAAAAUCGAUUGGGAUACCCAUCGAUUAAUCGUUGACGGGCUUGUAACAAAACCUCUCAAUUUAUCCAUGAAUGAGAUUGUAAAGUUACCAUAUCGUGAAUUUCCCAUUACAUUGGUUUGUGCCGGGAAUCGUCGUAAGGAACAAAACAUGGUUAAAAAAUCAAUAGGAUUUAAUUGGGGUUCAUGCGCUUUAAGUACUGCAGUUUGGCGAGGUGUUUCACUACGACACAUUUUGAAGAUGGCAGGAUGUAGUCUUGAUAUUGAUUAUGAAGAACCUCGUCACGUUUGCUUUGUCGGAGCCGAUAAAUUACCAGAUGGUUACUAUGGUACGAGUUUACCUUUAGAAUGGUCAAUGAAUGAUGCCAAGGAUGUUCUCUUGGCCUACGAAAUGAAUGGUGAAAGGUUAACACCCGAUCACGGAUAUCCAAUUCGCGUUAUAAUACCGGGAGUCAUCGGAGGUCGUAUGGUUAAGUGGCUCACAAAAAUCACCGUGUCUAAUAAGGAAUCUGAUAAUUAUUAUCAUUAUCACGAUAAUCGGGUUUUGCCACCAAAUGUUGAUUUUGAACGCGCCACUAAAGAAAAAUGGUGGUACGUUCCCGAUUAUAUUAUCAAUGAAUACAAUGUCAAUUCUGUCAUAUCCUCUCCAGCACACGACGAACAUAUCCCUUUAUCAAGUUUUGUUAGUAAUGCUGAAUAUACACUCAAGGGUUACGCUUAUACAGGAGGAGGUCGUAAGGUCAUUCGCGUGGAGAUUACUUUAGACGAUGGAAAAACUUGGUUACUUGCCAAUUUAGAUUUCCCAGAAACCAAACAUCCUGAUGUUUUGAAACGCCCACAUAAUCCGAUACGUCAAUAUUGGUGUUGGAGUUUCUGGUCAUUAAAUGUUCCGAUUUACUCAUUAAUUCGUUGUCCAGAGAUUAAAGUUAGAGCGUGGGAUUCCGCACAAAACACACAACCGGAAAACCUUACUUGGAACGUCAUGGGAAUGAUGAAUAACUGUCAUUUUAAAGUAAAGAUCAGCACCGUAACCUAUGGGAAAGAAGUUGCCUUGAGAUUUGAUCAUCCAACUCGAGCUGGUAAUGACCCAGGCGGUUGGAUGGUGAAACAAGAACAACCGGCUACUGCGGCUGAACUAGUAAAUGUAACUAAUAGAAUAUCAAAAAAUCCUAUUACAAUGGAGCAAGUGGGAAAAAACGAUAACGAAAAAUCUUGUUGGAUCGUGAUUGAAAAGAAGGUUUAUGAUUGUACAAAGUUCCUUGAUGAUCAUCCCGGAGGUGCUGACAGUAUCUUAAUUAAUGCCGGUACGGAUUGUACAGAUGAAUUCUAUGCAAUUCAUUCUGAUAAGGCAAAAAAAAUGUUGGAUGAAUAUUAUAUUGGUGAUUUGGUAGAAGAAGGCUCCGAUGCAUCAUCAGUUUCGAAUCCAUCGAUCAAAAUACCAAAAUCGAUAAUAAAUCCACCGCAAUCAACCGCGCAAGUUAAUGGAGAUUCUCUUUUAGCAUUAAAUCCUAAAGUAUGGUUCUCGUGUCCACUUAUAAAAAAGGAGGUUAUAAGUCACGAUACUCGUAUAUUCCGUUUCGCUCUUCAAUCAGAUAAACAUUCACUUGGCCUUCCAGCAGGAAAUCAUAUGUUCAUUCGAGCUUCAAUAAAUAAUCAAGCUAUUAUACGCGCAUACACACCUGUCACAACUCCAUAUGCCCCACCAGGUUACUUUGACCUUUUAAUCAAAGUAUAUUUUAAGAAUGUACAUCCCAAGUCUCCUAACGGAGGACUUAUGACACAACAUCUUGAAUCACUAAAUAUUGGCGACAGUAUUGAUGUAAAAGGUCCGCUUGGGUCUUUUAUCUAUUUUGGUCGUGGUCAAUAUCAAGUAAAGAAUGGAACAAGCUCAUCUUUACAUAAAUGCAAGCGAAUAGGAAUGAUAGCGGGAGGUUCUGGUAUAACUCCAAUGUAUCAAAUAAUUCAAUCAGUUUUAAAUGAUUCCGAGGAUCUUUUAGAGUUAUCUUUAUUAUAUGCGAAUCGGACGGAGAAUGAUAUUUUAUUAAGAGAUGAAUUAGAUGAACUUGCUAAAUGUAAUCAACGAUUUAAGGUUUAUUAUACGCUAGACAUGCCCCCAAAGAAUUGGCAACUCGGAUCUGGAUUCGUCACGGAAGAGAUGGUUCGAGAAAAUCUUCCGCUCCCAUCAUCAAAUUCACAAACCAUUGUAUUGAUGUGUGGACCACCUCCUAUGGUUUAA